AUGGCAGACUUGAAUAUUAAGAUGGCAGUUAUGGUCUCUAAAUCAGAGCUUCUCAACCUUUACGUUCAGAAAUGUGAAGAAUCAAAUGAGCCGCGAAAUCUUUCUCUUUACAAAUACCUUGAAGAGCAAGCAAUCCAGCAAGAAGCAGAGCGAGAAAGAGCAGAGCAAGAAGACUACACGAUUGAAGAAGGAAACCAUUUUGAUUUAAUGUUCAGAGGCAAUGAUAAACUGAAUUUUUCAAGCAGAAUCACUGAUUCAAAUCUUUAUCCGCUUGUGGGAGCUUUAGUGGACCAUGCAAUCUUAAUACAGCACAUUGAUUUGAGAUUUAAUUUAUAUUUUUUAUAAUUUUAUAGGAAAAAAAUUAAAAAUUAAAUUUGAGCUUAUUUUGAUAAAAAUAAGGAUUUUUUGUAGAAAAUUAAUAAGGUUAAUUAAAUAUUUUAGAAUAAUAUCAGAUGCUGGAGCCAUUAUUUUAGGUAAUUUAUUGAAGCCUGCAAUAAAUCUGCAAACUUUAUAUUUACAAAGCAAUAACAUUGGCGAAGAAGGGGCAAGAAAGCUUGGAGAAUGCUUAGAAAAUCAUGAAAGGCUACUUUAUCUCAAUCUUAAUGGAAACCAAAUAGGCACUCCAGGUGCAAACGCUUUAGUUCAGCUUUUAUUCACAUGUCCUGCUAUCGUUGAGCUUGAUAUAGGAAACAAUUAUAUAGACCAUUAUGGAAUAAUUGCUAUUACAACUGCCCUUAACAGAGCAAGAUUAGCUUUAGAAGUCUUAUACUGAAUGAUAUUAGUUAUUUUUUUUAUAAUAGAGCAUUAAAUUGAUAGUUGUUUAAUCAUUAUAAAUAGUCAUAAAUUUAGAAAAUCCAAGACUAAAUUCUAUAAUGCAAGAAACUGCGGUACAUUUCGGCCAAAUGUUAAGUAUCAAUCAGACCUUGCAAAAACUGUCUUUAAAAAAAUUUAAAUUGAGAUGUGAUGGAAUUUAUACGAUUUCUAACCAUUUGAUGGAGAACUCAACAUUAAAAGUACUUGAUUUGUCAUGCAACGAAAUUUCAUCAGACGGGGCAGAAUAUUUAUCAAGGUAUUUGAAGGCACAGUAUUGUGGGUUAGAAAGCUUGAUUUUAGGUGUCAAUAAAAUCGUAUAUAUUUUUGGCUAAAUGGUAAUAUUUUUUUAUAGAAAUAUAAUAUAAGCUAAAAUUAGUCUAAAACAUAUAGAUUUAGGUGCAAAAUCCAUCGCGCAAGCCUUAGCUGUCAACAUUAACUUAAAUUCAUAAGACUAUAAGAGAAGCUCCUUGUAAGCAUAUCUGGGUAGGACGUAUUCACCUCGUAUCACUCCACCGCUUGCUUGCUUGCAAGCUCGAGCACAGCCUCUUACUGUGCUGCCCCUUACAAACGAAGCUUUGCACUCUUGACUCGUGAGUCAGAGGCUCUGGGUUACCAUGCAGUACAUCGGUUUGGCUUCCGGAUAAUUCGACAACGAUUUUUCUUAUCGCCUCUCGGCCAGAUCGAAACCCGUAGCUCAGAACAUAACGCCUUGUAUCGGCUGGGAAGCUUUCCCGAUUGAUCAGGAGGAACGCUACUGGUGCUGCUGCAGGGAGAUCCCAUUCCAACUCUGAGCCUCAUCUUCUCCUAGGCGAAACCUUGACAUGGAUGUGAGCUGCGAUCUGUUUAAUCCAAUAUAUUGCUCCACUAAACCUGGUCGGAUACUCAUUACCGAAUGGCAUCCUCCCUUCCACAAGAUCCCUUGGUUCCUCAGCUAUAGUUGUUAAGAUGGUGGGCUGAUUAGCCACGCCAUUUUAAUUUAUAUGCCUUAGCAGUUAAUCAAAGCUUAAUUCACAUUGAUUUAACUCGAAAUAGCAUUGGAGACGAAGGACUUUCAAGGUUGGCUGAAGCCUUAUUCCACAAUCAAAAACUAUUAUCUUUCAAACUCUAUGGUAACCACUUUGACCAGCAGUCCUUAAAGCUUUUUUACAGACUUUUCCAGACUCCUCGAGACAACGAAUGGUAUCCAGAUUUCACGACUUACUAUGUAGAUGAGCAGGUACAAAUGGCUUAUAUUGAGACUGAAGUGCCCUAUGAUAUUUAUGUCUAA